UUCAGACCUCUUGAUAUGUCACCUGACAGUCUUGUGGUUUUGGAUGAAUAUGGCUCAUUGCUAUUAUUAACCUGAGUUGGCAGCCGGGCACAACAGGAGUUUAUAGGGAUUUUGAAAAGUGGAACUGCUCGGGGGACAAAGAUGCUUCCCAGCUGGCCUUUGCCGGAGUUUGACCCAAGUCAGAUUCGACUGAUUGUGUAUCAGGACUGCGAAAGAAGAGGACGGAAUGUCUUAUUUGACUCCAGCGCUAAAAGAAAAAUAGAGGAUGUUUCAGUGUCGAAACUCUGCAGCGAUGCUCAGGUGAGAGUUUUUGGGAAAUGUUGCCAACUGAAGCCUGGAGGAGACAGCUCUUCUUCCUUGGAUAGUUCAAUCAAUUCAUCCUCCUCGUUCUCUGAUCCAAAAGAACAAUGCCCAAAAUACCAGGGUUCUCGGUGCUCCUCAGAUGCUAACAUGCUUGGAGAGAUGAUGUUUGGCUCUGUGGCCAUGAGCUACAAGGGCUCCACACUGAAAAUCCACCAGAUCCGCUCACCUCCUCAGCUCAUGCUCAGCAAGGUUUUCACAGCUCGCACUGGAAGCAGCAUCUACGGAAGUCUGAAUACGUUGCAGGACAGUCUUGAGUUCAUUAAUCAAGAUAGCAAUACAUUAAAGCCUGACCACAGUACAAUUAUGAAUGGACUUCUUGGGAAUAUAGGUCUUUCACAGCUUUGCAGCCCUAGGCGGGCAUUCUCAGAGCAAGGUCCGCUCCGCCUGAUCCGGAGCGCCUCUUUCUUUGCAGUUCAUAGCAACCCUAUGGAUAUGCCUGGGAGGGAGCAGAAUGAGGACAGAGACAGCGGUAUAGCAAGAUCUGCAUCUCUUAGCAGUCUGCUCAUCACUCCGUUUCCAUCUCCGGGCUCUUCGUUUAACAAAAGCUGUGCUAGCAGUUACCAGCGGCGUUGGCGUCGCAGUCAGACUACCAGCUUGGAGAAUGGGGUCUUCCCUCGAUGGUCCAUGGAUGAAAGCUUUAACUUGUCAGAUGACAGCUCGGGUCCUAGCCCAGGAAUUGUUAGGAAGAAAAAGAUAGCAAUUGGAGUUAUUUUUUCACUCUCAAGAGAUGAAGAUGAAAACAACAAAUUUAAUGAGUUCUUCUUCUCACACUUUCCUCUUUUUGAGAGUCACAUGAACAAACUGAAGAGUGCAAUAGAACAGGCUAUGAAAAUGAGUCGUAGAUCAGCUGAUGCCAGUCAGCGGAGUUUGGCAUAUAACAGAAUUGUUGAUGCCCUGAAUGAAUUCAGAACAACUAUUUGCAACCUCUACACGAUGCCACGGAUUGGGGAGCCUGUCUGGCUUACUAUGAUGUCGGGGACACCAGAAAAGAACCAGCUUUGCCAUCGUUUCAUGAAGGAAUUCACUUUCUUGAUGGAAAAUGCUUCUAAAAACCAGUUUUUACCAGCUUUACUGACUGCAGUCCUGACUAACCACUUGGCCUGGGUCCCUACCGUCAUGCCGAACGGCCAGCCGCCUAUAAGAAUCUUCCUGGAAAAGCAUUCUUCCCAGAGCGUGGACAUGCUGGCCAAAACUCAUCCGUACAACCCACUGUGGGCACAGCUCGGUGACCUGUAUGGGGCUAUUGGAUCACCUGUGAGAUUAGCGAAAACAGUUGUGGUUGGCAAACGGCAUGACCUGGUACAGAGAUUGCUUUAUUUCCUUACUUACUUCAUCAGAUGCUCUGAACUUCAAGAGACGCAUCUUCUAGAGAAUGGGGAAGAUGAAGCCAUUGUCAUGCCUGGAACUGUUAUAACUACCACACUGGAGAAAGGAGAAGUAGAAGAAUCUGAGUAUGUGCUUGUCACAAUGCACAAGAACAGGGGCAACUUGCUACCGACGGAGUCUGAAGAAAUGAGAACUCCUAACUGUAGCUGUAAAUACUGCAAAUGUCCAAUUUCCCUUGCACAAAACGUCGAAGGUGUUUCACAGCAAGAGAGAGAAGACGUGCAAAACACUCCUAAAGUAGAGCUGGAAACUUCUUCAGAUGAGAACAGAACUAUUGUUCCUGACGAUUGCCAGGAAGAUGCUGUUGAUGUUAAGCAACCGAGACCCUGCCUGGACACAAAACUAGAGACCGUGGUGUGCACAGGGUCAGCUUCACCAGAAAAACGUGUAGUGACGGAAUCUGGUUUGGAGCCAACAGCAGAUGUGUGGAGGAACGAAGACUCGCUGGAAUCGGGCAACCAGGCGGUCAGUGUAACAAGGUCACCCGGUAUUGCUGUGGAAAAGAAGCCGCCGGAUAAGCUCUUCUGCAAUGAGUUUCCUUGCAGUGCUGCCGAAGCUCAGACAAAGGUGACUUUCCUCAUCGGAGAUUCUAUGUCACCUGAUUCAGACAUCGAACUCAGAAGUCAGGCAGUAGCAGAACAAAUUGCUAGGCAUCACAGCCCGCCAGCAACGGAGGAAGGAGUGUCUGCUGAUCAGAACUGUGAAGCUAAACAAACUGUUGAGGACCAAAAUAGAGACUGUGGGACAGCUGAACCCUUCCCUCAAGUUGCUAGUGAGCAUCAGAGCUGGAAUCCAAACCCAUACAACGCUGAGAGCAUGAGUCUGUUUGACGAAUAUUUUACUGAUGACAGUUCAAUUGAAACCCGGACUAUUGAUGAUAUUCCAGGGCAAGCAGCUACAGACCUUCUUGCUCACAACAGUAGUUUAGAGUUUUCUAAAAAGCUGUGUACAAAAACUAGCAAACCACCUAGUGAGUUUUGUAAAUUUAUGGACUCUGUUCGACAAGAGACCUACAAAAACUGCUUUAAUGAGCAGGACCAAAGAGAGAAAAUCUCUAUUCAUGUCCCCCAUGGGGACAGAGAAAAUGUAGAGAAAAAAGUCGCCCCAGGAAUUGAUUGGGACAUUCCAAGAAAUGAGAGUUCAGAUAGUGCCUUGGGUGACAGUGAAAGUGAGGAUACAGGUCAUGAUCUAACUAGACCAAGCAGUAACUAUUACGGAGGAGAGCAAGAAGAUUGGGCAGAAGAAUAUGAGAUUCCCUUCCCUGGGUCAAAAUUAGUUGAAGUGAACUCUGUCCAGCCCAGUAUUGCCAAUUUUGGAAGAUCCUUACUAGGUGGCUACUGUUCGUCUUAUGUCCCUGACUUUGUUUUGCAAGGAAUAGGAAGCGAUGAAAAGCUGAGGCACUGUUUGGUGUCAGAUUUGUCGCAUGCUGUGCAGCAUCCUGUUCUGGAUGAACCGAUUGCAGAAGCCGUCUGCAUUAUUGCAGACACAGACAAAUGGACAGUGCAAGUGGCCAGUAGCCAGAGACGAAUGAUUGAUAAUAAGCUGGGAAAAGAAGUGUUAGUCUCGAGUCUCAUCUCCAACCUGCUUCAUUCCACUCUUCAGCUUUACAAGCAUAAUUUAUCUCCAAACUUUUGUGUCAUGCACCUGGAAGAUCGGCUGCAGGAGCUCUAUUUCAAAAGCAAGAUGCUGUCUGAGUAUCUCAAGGGCCAGAUGAGAGUUCACGUCAAGGAGCUGGGCAUGGUGCUGGGGAUUGAAUCCAGCGACCUCCCUUUACUGGCAGCUGUAGCAAGCACUCACUCUCCGUAUGUUGCCCAGAUACUACUUUAA